UAUAUAUAAAGGCAGCAGCUAAUGCAACUAUCACCAUUUUACUAUCACUACAUAAUAAGUAGUACUACUACUAAAGAGGCAAUGGCAGGAGUUGCUCCCUUGACCAAACAAGAACUAGCAUCAAAAUUAGUUCAGGAGAUAGCUAAAAAAGGAGAUGAAAUACCAGAGGUUUUUUUUCGCAAAGAUGGUUUCCCUGAAGCCAUUGAUGCCCCUGAUUUAUGGAGAGGUGAUUUGCUCAUUGAUUUUUCCCUUCUCUCUUCGUACUCUGAACCUGAACUUGCAAAGCUCCGAUCAGCUCUCUCCAAAUGGGGUUGCUUUCAGGUCAUAAAUCAUGGGAUAGAAGUCUCAUUCCUCGAAGAGUUGAUUGAAAUUUCCAAGCAAUUCUUUGCACUUCCCUUAGAGGAAAAGCUUGGGUACUCUGCAGCAGAUGACAUAUAUCAAGGAUAUGGCACAGAUGCAGCUUAUUCAGGUUCUCAAACACGAAAUUGGAAUGAUAGGCUAUUUCUUUUUCUCCAUCCUAAGGAAAAACUCAGGCUUGAAUGCUGGCCACAGAAGCCAGACAAAUUCAGGGAAAUGAUAGAGGAGUAUUCGAAAAAGAUAUCAUCGGUCAAUAAGGCUCUCUGCAAAGCAAUGUCAAGGUCACUUGGCUUAGAAGAAAACUGCUUAGAGUUCGGGAAACACGGACCAGCAAUAGCAAGGUUCAAUAUUUAUCCUCGUUGCCCAUGUCCCGAACGUAUUCUUGGAACAAAAGCACAUACGGACAACGUAAUGGUCACGUAUCUCUUGCCAGAGGUAGAAGGUCUCCAAAUUUUGAAUGAUGGUCAAUGGUACAAGGUCUCGUUCAUCCCAGGCGCACUUUUUAUCAACUUCGGUGAGUUAGGAGAGGCUUUUACUAAUGGAGUAUUUAAGAGUGCAGUGCACAGAGUGAGUGCGAAUUCAACAAAAGAUCGGAUAUCUGCGGUCAUGUUUUUCAACCCAGAUGACGAUGAAGUUGAACCUCUAAAAGAAUUGAUUAGUGCUGAUCAGCCACAACUUUACAGGAAGUUUAGCAUGAAAGAAUAUAGUCCCAAAAUCUACGAUAGUUUUCGUCUAGGCAUAAGAGCACUUGAUGCAUUCCAAGUUUAGUAUCUGCUCUUCAUUUCAUGCGUGCUUUACUUUUUAAAAGAGUGGCCCAUCCAACAGAACUUUUCUUCUGAGUUUGAUAAGAAUUGUUCAUUAGUACUAUAUAUACAUUACUUGGACUCGGCCACUCAAUGUGAAUGUGUUCCAAUAAUUGACAGUUGCUAUGUAUGAAAACUUUCCAUGUUCUUGGUACAAAUAAAAAUGUCAUAUGUUUAUACCUAUGUGGCUAUUUGUGAGGAUACAACAUGGCGCUUGAAGUGAAAUGAAGUAUAAGUAACAUAGUUUGUAAUUGUAUGUGUCCACUCCAAACACUAGCCAAGGCAAGCAUACUCAGCUCUCUCCAUCCUUAAACAGAUGUUUUGUUUAAAUUUUGAAAACAUUUUACAUAU